GGUUAUAUGUACAGUUGUGUGUGUGUCGUUCGCGCUGAAAAUCCAGGAAUCUCUAUCUCGCGUGAUCACGGGUGUUACAGCGAAAAUUGAAUCGAAUCGACUCGUUUCUGUCCCCCGGAUGUUACACAUGCUGUCAUACAGAGCUGCGUCUUGAUGCGGAUCGAAUUGUCCGCCAGGAUGGAAAAGAGGUUGUCAGAAACGCCGCGGCAGGGACUGCCGAGUCCCUCGAGGAAAAAUAAAAGACGAUCGAAUCGCAGGAGCAAUCCGUUGGAUACGGUACUGGACACCUGGGCGAACAGUCCUCAGAACAAGCAGGAUGGUAGCCUGCUGUCGAAUGUCGAGUAUCCGACGCAGAUGCUGUGGCAGUCGGGCGUACCGCAAAACGUGCCGGGUAAUGGACAACGUCUGUUCACCGCGAUGUCUGACCCGAGCGUGUGCGGCUACUCGCCGCUGCCGCUAACGUACACUAUGCAGCCUGUCUCACUACCACCGAUGUACAGGAUGUAUCAGCCAAUGCCAGUGCCGAACGUUAGAACCGUCCACGGCAGACACAGACGUCACUGUAAUGAGCAUUUGACGAAGACUUGUCCUAAUGCCAACAAUAAUGUUGUUAAUGGCUAUGGCAGUUUGCAAGAAAAUGGAAGAUUAGAGUUCACUGCACAUAUUGCUCAUCAAAAUGGAGACUACGCUAGUCUACCAUCCACUGCCAAUAAAGAUAGUGGCAUCAAUAGCGAUGAACUAAAUUCAGAGCAAAGAAGAUAUUCUGAUCCUGGGUUGGGACCUGCCGAUAAUUUGCCUCAUACAGACAAUUCUGAUGAUUCCGACAGUGUUGAGAGUGGAAGUUCUAUAACGACAAUUAGCCAUAGUAAUAAGCUUGUUCUAUCCCUCAUUGAACAGAUGACAGAAUUAAAGAAAUGUAACAGUCAAUUGUUUAAAGAGCUCAAUGAGACUAAGUCAAAUGUAGAAAACAUAAAAGCAAAAUUAGCACAAUGCAAACAUAGUGCUCUUACAGAUUAUCAACCUGGAAUGUUAUCAGGACUUAUAAGUGAAAUCAGAGAAGCUAAUAAAAAUUGUGAAGAAAACUUAGUUACAAAAGUCAAAACUAUGUUGGAAGAGAGAUAUCAUCAACAAGCAAAAGAAAUGGAAGAGCUCAAGAACCUAUUGUCGAAGUUGACAAAGGAGAAGGAAGAAAGUGACGAGCGUGUCGCAAAAUUGGAGGAGGAAUUGACGGCGUUGAAGCUGAACGCAACCAAUGAGGGCCGCGAGAUCGCAGCCUUCGAGGAGGAGACCCUGGCGCUGCGACGGGAGCUCCAAGAGGCGCGGGCGUCCAGGACCUUGGCCGAGAAUCACGCGGCAAAGUGCGUAAACUUUGCGGUAUCCAGAUCUGUCACGCGUGUAACUUUCGAUACGCCCUGUAUAACCAGCACCCCCGUGCGUACCGCUCUUACCGACACUUGCUCCUUAUCCCCCGUUCUUUCACCCGCAAUCUCGUCAUCGUCCUCCGUCCUGCGUUCCCGUUCUGCGGAGGUAGCGGCUCUUUUGCUCGUCUCCGAAGAUGCGAAUCAUCGUCGAAACUCUGAGUCUAGGUCUCGUGAUCAGGACUUUUCACAGCCGAAGGACGAAAGCGAUCGGUGCUCCGAGACGACCUCAACGCUCUGUCAAACUACCUUGACUUGCUCGAAUGAAGAUACCGUGAAAGCGAUUGGAAUCGAAUCUCAAGACAAGAUCGGAAAUCAGAGCUCAGGACUUGUCAAUACCGUGACUCGUUUAGAUAUUUCGACUGAAUUGAAACUGAAGGAUUAUCCAGUGUUUUCCAAUCGAAAGGAACCGUAUAUUGUUGACACAAAAAGCGACGGCAAAGCAAAAUUAACAGUGACUGAGGAGGAAAUAGAAAUGAGACACUUGACGGCUGACAGCUUAUUGUCAGAGGAACAAACUGACGAUCAACUUCGAGAAAAAUACGCGAACACGGAGAUGACAUCGGCAAUAGAAAAGGAUGAAGCAAGAAUCCUCGUAUCGCCAAGCGUUUUCGAAGAGGAGAAGAACUUGCUAAGCGACACGACGACCAGCAAAGUAGAGAGCUCGAUUAAUCACCCGAGUUGGCAAAAAACGUGCACGUUUCGUAAUCAGCGAGGCAGCUUUAAGAAACCGCGACGGAGGAAUAGCAAUUUGAAGAGAUCAUUUAGCGAGACCGACAAGAAUCCGCGCCAGGAUACCAAGGUCGACAUGAGUCGCCCGUCGAGCGACACGAUCGGAGCCAGUGACACGAUGAGCGAGGACGAAGGUUGUUGCUCUCGCAAUGACGAUCGCACGAGCAUCAUCGAGGUGCCGGAUGUCGCUGUGGUCAGUGGUGGCUCCAUUAUGCCGAAAAACCUCUGCUCGACGAGAACUCCGAUCUCCAGAAUCCAAAGAGCACCUUCACGCGCCACCUACACCACCGCCUAUAUCUAAGUUAUGUACGCGCGGGGCCUCGGCAAGAAAAAAAAAUAAAGAGCAAUAUCACGCUAUUCUCUCACGUCACCGAUAUCGGGGGCUUCAAGGGGCUUUUUAUUAGAGGCUACUACUAUGUACAUGUCGAAUAGCACGUAGGUCUAUUAUUCACUCAUAUCAUGCAUGCUUUUUCGUACACGCUCGACUUAUUAAUUUAUGCUACAUGCUUCAGGGGAGUUGCAUUAUGCAAAUAUUAAAAAAUAUAUAUAUAUAUAUAUAUAUAUACAUACAUAUAAACUAUAAUAAUAUGUUACUUUCAAAGAGAAAAAAAAAUAUUUUCUGAAAUUGACGCAAUUGAUUAUUUUUUUUUGUAUAAUAGCUUGAUAAUAAUAUGUAAUCAUUUCAAAUAUACUUUGCCUAAUAAUAAAUAAUGUAUAAUAUAUAUAAUAAAUAAUGUAUAUACAGUUAAAUUAAUGACAUAGAUACUGGAAUAACGUAAUUCAUAGAUAGUACAUCCGUGAUAUUUUGCAACUGUUUUUAUAGCAUUACAUCUUAUAGAGGAAUUGAAGAAAGAGAUGUCUAAGAUCUGCUAAAUGAAGAUAGCAAUUUUUUUAUUCCAUUAUAAUUGUAUUCCAAUAUGUAUUCCAAUCUUCUUUUAUUUCUAGUAUAAAAUAUUUUUGUAUCGAGAACUUUUUCAUGGAAAGAGAGAUAAAGAACAGACAGAGUGAUUAGUGUUAAUGCUAUAAUGACUAAUAAAUUUUUUGCAUAGGUCGAUAUAGCAAUUGCUCCAGCUGAUAUUUAAAUAUGCAGACAUUUUAAUUUGUAUUAUCAUUAUUUGCUACACACAUGAUUAUAUAAAUUUUGAUACAUGAUUAAUUUAUCAUUUAUCAUAAUUUAUCUGAUUGUUUAUCUUAUGUAGAUAGCUAUAAUUAUCUAGAUAAUUAUAAAUAUUCAUUAAAUAUAAAAACAUAAUU